AUGCAGUCGUCUAACGUAGUCAAAGAUCCUCAUACAAGUCUCCCAAAUCAAUGGCUGAUCAAAUCUUGCGAAGAAUAUAAUGAUGAGGUUAAAUAUUGUCGCAGUUUGAGAGGAAAAUUGACCCAUCGUUAUAUUCAUGGAUAUAAAGAAGAUUGUAGCCCAAAAAUUGAAGCAAUGCACAAUUGCGUGUAUUGGACUCAACGUGGCGAUAUUGACAAUCUGAAAGAACUUAUUUCAUAUGAAGAACAACGUCUUUUAAGACGCAAACAUGCAUCGAUGAUGAACAAUGUAUGGGAAUAUCGUACAGAACCCCCAAGCGAUUGGAAUUCACCUCUGCCCGAAUGGGCUGUAAAACGAGCAAAAGAAAUUGGAGAGUAUGAAGUUAAAGAUAAAGAUGAGACAUCUCAAGUCAAAAAAAUUAUGCAAACGUAUUGUACUAUUUCUUGA